UCAGGGUCUACAACGACAAACUUACGCGCAGGAGUCGAGGUAGGCCUCCACUCGUUAUUUUUCUUUCCUUAAAGGCAUCUGGCUGUUAUAGCCGAUGACACAGGUUCGAUUCCGUCUGGCUGCGGAUCGAUCAGGGUCUACAACAACAAACUUACGCGCAGGAGUCGAGUUACAAAGUGCAAGCUGUGGACUGGUCACGGAGGAGCUUGUCUGUAUUGGCAAACAUGAAGAAGAAGCUGGACACGCGAUUCCCCGCGGCAGCAGACCCCUACCGCAGUUCGUCAGCCCAAGAAAUGCGGAGGGAGGCAAGGCAACUUGGUGUCAGGCCCGGAUAAAGAAGAUAAUGCAGGCCGACGAGGAUGUGGGGAAGAUAGCGCAAGCCACUCCUGUUUUAAUUUCGAAAGCGCUAGAGCUUUUCCUUCAGGAUCUGUGCGGGAAAACCUACGAGAUUAUGGCAGCGAGAGGAGGGAGAACCAUAGGCAUCAAUCACCUCAAGGCAUGCGUAAUGUCCAAUGCUGUAUUUGAUUUCCUAAAAGAUGUUGUGUCGAGAGCACCUGAUGUUGCUUCAGAGGCAAGCACCGAGGAUAAGAGCAUUGGAAGCACACGAAGCAGGCGGGUUUGGGAUGGGCAAAGUGAUGAGAGCGGAAGUGACAAGGAUGAUGUUAAACGCCUCAGAAUGGAUCCGAGCCGAGAUCCAGUCGAGAGACAGCGGGGCCAAGGACGUGGGCGAGGAAGACCAGCGCGUGCAAGGGUCCAUGUCCCUUGGGCGGCAAUCACGUCGAGAGAGGGCCCGAGAGUGCCGGAGGAGAGGUGUGAGGAGAGGUAUGGAUGCCGGGCGAGGAGAACUCAAUCAGAAGACAGUCUGAACGAUGGGUCCCUUGUCGACAGGGUUCGUCUGGAACAGGCGCCCACUCACGCGGCAGCAGUACAAAGGCCAGUUAGCAGCCUUUUGUCGGGUUCGGGUAAUGGGCACUCUGAAAGGGGGGCGGUGGAUACUAGGUCCUGGGGAGAUGGGAGUGCUGAAGGUGGUGGCGGUGGGAUCGUUGGAGCGGGACGGAUUGUGCAACAGCCAAGAGCGAACAGCCUGACAUCAGGAGUCUUCCGAACCGCCGAUGGUUGGGGUGUGGAUUUCACGGUCCAUGGACAAAUGGGUGGUGUGUUUUCGACGAGGGAGACGUUGCAGCCCCGUUUUGCGGACAACUUCUAUCAAGGAGUGUUGGACCACCACGUCGGCGUUCAAAAGCUACUACCCAACAACUGCUUUGUGACGAGUCGGGGGCCGACGGGCGAGGCUUCCGCCGUCGUCGAGGCUCUCGCGAGCGGCAUUUCGACGGAAUGCAUUGGUGGCAAUUUCCCGACUUGUAGGUUUGCGGACUCCCCCCAACAAGAUGCCGGCGGAGUCGCGAGCUCCAAUGCGAGUCCUGGGAGCCGGGUAACCGAGCGUCUGAUCGACGACAUCACAACGGUCACUCGGGCCGGGGAUCUCUCCUGUGUGACUUCAUGCGGCCAAGAGGAAGGUGCUUCUCUGAAGAGGCAGCCUCGAGACUUCGAUCUCAACAUGGACUUGAUGGCGAAUGCGGAUUCCGCUCUCGUCAGUCUGGCAAAUGGAGGAGGAGAGGCAAUAGCACUAGGUGGAGGUGGUCCCAUAACAGUCCAGGUUCCUGUUCAUGAUGGGGAGGGGGGAAUGAAGGCAUGGGCGGAGGCCAGGCAGCACGAUCGGGACCGGGAUAGCAUGAAAGUGCAGCGGCUGAAUGGCUGGGGGUCGCUGUGCGAUUCCGUCGCCGUAGAGGGGCUUCCAGGCAGUUUGUACAGGAGUAGGGGGGGGGUAAUUAUGGAUGUAGGUGAGGAGGAGGAGGGCGAGGAGGAGGAUUACGAUAAUUUCGACGAGGAUGACUGAGUUUCAUGAACGAAAAGCAGAAGAGAGAGCGGGCUUCGGCUGUAAGAUGAGGCGGAGAUAGCGAGGCUAGGCUCAUUUUGUA